UCAAGACGCCGGUGGAGUCUAGAUUCAGGCUUGAGAGGCCGUUUGACGUUGCGGAGGCCUUUUCUCAAAGGCUAUCUGCCUCGCUUGCUGUUCUAAUCGAUCAGCGCGUGGAGUCGUUGGAAUUGCCGGUGCAUCAGAGACGGCUAGGGUUAUGGGCCGUAGGAGGUAUGAGGACACCGAGAGCCGCGAUUGGUCAACAGAAUGUGCUGCUGGCCGGAAGUUCUAGCCGGAGAAGGGGACGGGGAUCGAACAGUGUGUUACCUUCUUGGUAUCCAAGAACCCCUCUCCGUGAUAUAACUGCUAUUAUCAGGGCCAUUGAGAGGGGAAGAGCUCGCUUGGGUGAGGAGAAUGGCGAAACUGCAGAGGGUCAAUUUCCAUCUCUACAAGUUCAGGAUGCUCCUCCUGAGCAUCAAGUUCUCGCUGCUACUCCCUCAACCAAUAAGAAGAGACCUUGCCCACCUCCUUCUGUUCUUAAAGUGCACAAAAUUCUGCUAGAGGUGGCUAAUCAGCCUGAUGAGGGAGAGUUUGUUACACCACAGAAGAAGCUACUGAACUCAAUUGAGAAAGUUGAGAAGGUGGUGUUGGAAGAACUUCAGAGGCUGAAGAGGACCCUGAGUGCUAAGAAGGCAGAGAGGGAAAGAAAGGUUCGAACUUUGAUGUCAAUGCGUUGAGGAGAAAAGUAGUUUGGACAGAAGACCGUCUACAGUGAAAGUUAGCACCUUCUGUCCUUCUGGUGAUACAUUUUCUACCCUAUGUACCGAGGACCAUAAACACCCUCUGAUGAUAAUGGUAGUGAAAUUAUCACCUUCCGGUGAUACCAUCUUGGUUCAGGCCAACUUAUCUUUUGCUGACUGCACUUCACAUCUCGCUAAGGUGUCUUUAGAAUUAGGGUCAUCAGUAGGCAAUAUCAUCACUGCUGAAGUUCAUUUUUUUUGGAGUUAGUUUAGGGUAGUAACUAUGGUUGAGUUUCGUUACAUCAUUCUUUGAUGCAUCAGGCCAUAUGACCUCUACUUUAGUUGAACAAUAUAGUCUGUAUUGUAGUUGGAUCCUUUUCUGGGGAAAUGUAUAUAAAGGCUGUAUGGCAAGGACUCCACUUUUGUAGCAUUUGUUUGGAUCCUUUUCUAACGCUGAUAGUUGUGGAAGCAAGGACUUCUGAAGAAAUCAGCUUGUAGAAUAUGUGGUGUGCUUUCA